GCAAUGUCAGCACUAAAUGAAGAGCUAUAAAGGAGGGGGGGAGUCCUUCAGAGGCUGCACAUUACCCACACCGACUUCAACUGGGCAACUUUCUCAUCCCAUCACCUCUAAGGAAUUUAAAGGCAAGGUCCCGGGCAGGGUGAACACCAUUAUCUGCUCCUGUAUUAAAUCUGUCACCAUUGGUAUUUGAUAACGCACGUUGGUGAGUCACUGCCUAAAGCACAGGAAGAUUACUGAAAAAGAAUCUCUAAGGAGCUUGACGCUGUCAAACUGGGGAUUUGAUCACUGACGACGGAAUUAAAUUUCCAGGGGGUGCCAUGAAGGUUUCAUUGCUGCUGCUGGUUUCCCAUCUAAAUCUCAUUUGUGGAUUUGUCCCAGGCUUCGCCCCACUGGCUGGACUCAAGAAAAAACGAAUCUAUCAUCAGAUCCGUCGCCCGCCUCCAGAGCAUGAAAUGAACCCAACGUACUGGAGGAACCAAGCCCAAGAAACACUGAAGCGAGCACUCAACCUACAAAACCUUAACACUGGCAUUGCGAAAAAUAUUAUACUUUUCCUUGGAGAUGGAAUGGGGAUACCCACAGUGACUGCCGCCCGGAUACUGAAAGGCCAGCUGGAAAGCAAAACUGGAGAGGAAGGCUUCUUGGAAAUGGACAAGUUCCCACAUGUAGCUCUUUCAAAGACCUAUAACACCAAUGCCCAGGUACCUGACAGCGCUGGCACAGCAACGGCCUAUCUGUGUGGCGUCAAGGCAAAUGAAGGCACCGUGGGUGUGAGUGCGGCAUCGGUUCGGAGGCAGUGCAAUACCACCUUUGGCAAUGAAGUGACCUCCAUCCUGAAAUGGGCAGAAGAUGCUGGUAAAUCCACGGGCAUCGUAACGACAACACGGGUACAGCAUGCCACGCCCAGUGCUUCCUAUGCCCAUUCCGUCAACAGGGACUGGUAUGCAGAUUCCGACAUGCCUUAUGAGGCACUGGAGCAGGGCUGUAAAGACAUUGCUCAACAGCUUGUUUACAACAUUCCUGGCAUCGAGGUAAUCAUGGGGGGUGGCAGGAAAUACAUGUUCCCAAGGGAUACUCCUGACAUUGAAUAUCCAAAUGACUCGAAAGCAAAUGGAACACGACUCGAUGGGAGGAACCUGGUGGAAGAAUGGAAACUCAUGAAAAAGGGCAAGAACGCUCAUUAUGUCUGGAACAGGGAGCAACUCAGAAGCCUUGACCUGACAAAAAUAGAACACUUAAUGGCCUUGUUUGAACACGGUGACCUCCAGUACGAGCUGGAAAGAAAUAAAACCACAGAUCCCUCCCUGGAAGAAAUGGUGACAACAGCAAUCAGGAUUCUCAGCAAGAAUCCGAAAGGCUUCUUCCUACUUGUGGAAGGUGGCAGAAUAGACCACGGACAUCAUGAAGGGAAAGCCAAGAUGGCUCUAUACGAAGCUGUGGAGAUGGAUAAAGCCAUUGGGAGAGCAGGUUCCUUAACUAGGGACACAGAUACAUUAACAGUUAUCACAGCAGACCACUCUCACGUUUUCACCUUUGGUGGCUACACCUUUCGGGGAAGCAACAUAUUUGGACUCGCUCCAUAUUUAAGUGAUGUGGACAGUAGGCCGUUCACUUCAAUACUGUAUGGAAAUGGCCCUGGCUACUCCCUGCAAAAUGGAGAAAGGCCCAAUGUUUCCAACAGCGAGAUCUAUGAGAACAACUACCUGGCGCAGUCGGCAGUGCCAUUGAGGCAGGAAACGCACGGAGGCGAAGACGUUGCCAUCUUUGCGAAAGGCCCUAUGGCUCACCUCUUCCACAGCGUGCAUGAGCAGAACUAUAUCCCACAUGUGAUGGCUUACGCAGCCUGCAUCGGUCAAAACAGGGAGCAUUGUGCCAAGUUUGAGCAUGGGUCCUGUCCCAGUGGCACAUGGGUCCCUGUGGGGUCCGGCACCAUCCUGCUGGUGUUGUUGACGCUACUUUCCUGCAUUUAAGGGAGCAGUUUUUUUUUGGAAAGGCACUCUGUGCCUGUUCAUCAGGAAUUUCCCCCUGUCCCAAUCCCUCCCACCUAUUACCAACACAGUGAUUCUGGUCUGUGGAGCAGUGUGAUCCCAGCAGAAUGGGAGUAGGACUAGGUUAUAGUACUCAGGUGGACAUAACCCUCAUACUGCUCCAUGCAACAGAGUGACCACCACCCUUCCUCUUACCAUACCCAACCUUGUUUACCCCCAUGCCAACCUCGCAUUGAAAAUCAUGAACCUUAAAUAAAAACCACUAGCCAACUGCAUAGCAAUAGGAACAUUCAAAGAUCAAUUUUAUUUUGUGCUGUUUUUGGCAACUGGCCCCUCCUUCCCUUCCCUAUUACAGCUUGGCUGUUCUGCAGACUUGACUCCAGGUUCCUUUGUUUAUCCCCCUGCUGGAUGAGGCCCACACUGGGAAUAAGGAACAAAUGGACCCUGCAUUGGUCCCUACAACUACCACCUUCUUCAAAGUUCGCAGUUCAGAGUCAUGUACCGACCUUCCCUUGCACCCUGUUAAAUCUGAAUCGGACCAUUGUAUGAAGGAGAGCCAGUACUUGUCCAUUGCAGUGAAGACUCUCUCAGGGCUGGAACCAGACUGAGUUUGACUGUAAACAAGGCAGCACGGGGGCUCCCAUUCCACUGGGUCAAGCUUCUGCCUUUGACGAGCUUAAGAGUUAAAAAGAAAUGGCAUUUAAUGACUUAAUGUAUCCGGUCAAAGGAUCAAGUCAUAGGGGCUUGAGUGGGCAGAUGUUGGAUUUCUGUCCUAGGUUUUAAUCACAGGAUAGCUUUCAGCACAAGCCAGCAAAUCAGUGGCAUGCCUUAUUGUCCUGGCUGUUAACCUAGAGAGUAAUGUGAUUGAAACAUGGGAAAAGCAGCCAAGGUGAAAAAUUAUUAGGAGCUAAUUAUCCAGGGAGUGACCUGCAAGAGCUGGCACAGUGGAAGAGGAGGAUGAAUCAUGUUUCUCUCCUGGUUGCAGUGGAAUUGGUGCUUGCUGACUUUACUGGCAAAUGAACAUUGUAUUUCAAACGACCCCUAGUGGGUAAUCCAAUUGGCCAAAAUGUCCCACAAUAUUAUAUGUUUUUGUAUAAGCCAAUCACUCCUCUCAUAUCCUGCCUCAAAUCACUAACGUUUCAGAUGGUCAGUGUAACAGGAGAAUGAAAGUUACAUUUGCAGAACAAUUUUAUUUUAUUUUAGUGCACUUUUCUCUGUAUAAAGAGCAGUUUAAAUAUCAAACAUUAAGCCAGCAAAUUAUUUCUGUCUGCAUGUUCUGUUAAUAUUUAUCCCUUUUUUGAAAUGAAGCGCUAAGUUUGUUAUUGUCGGGACACUGCUGUCCUGACUGAAUGCUGAGCGGGAGGAGUUUGAUUCCCCAAUCUCUAUCAACGCCCCUCUCUGACCAAAGGCACGGUGAUAUAUAUAAUCUGAAGCAGCUUGGCUGUCACUGUGCCUUGUUUUCACUCCUCUCCCCUGGGACUGAGGGCAUUGCCAGGGAGAGACAGUCCAUUCGAUGUGCCCGCGAUUCCUGCUUUGAUACGACCGUCAAUAGGCCAAGAUCCAGGAACCGCAGAAUCCCCGAAACAACGAUCAGAAAAAGGGAGCGUUCUUCAUUUCUGGAACUCGAGUCCAAUUUAGAAUGACCUCUCUAACUUCCGCUCGGUCAGUACAUCAGGACGAACCACCCCAGCUUCUGCAAGACAAUAAAGCCAGAUUACAGAUUCAAAUGUACACACUACAUCAUUAACCCAACUGAGUUACUGCUGAGGAGUAGAAAUGCCGUAAUAACCGUGAGAUCAAAUAUGCGACACAUUGUGUAAAUCAAAUUUCAAACAUUGGUUUUAAAUUGUAACCGUUUUGUCGCGUUACCGAUGUCUAUCCUGUUUGAAAUUUCAGAAAUCUUUUAUAAAAUAAAGUUUUCUUUUCACUGUUUUA